AUGAGUACCAAAAUCGUAUCACGCAAUGGCCCAUCAGGUGGUAAAGGUGGUGGCGCUCCCAACCAAACGCUAUACAUCAAGAAUCUGCCUGACAAGGUAAAGAAGUCCGACGUCAGACUCUUAUUAUACACUCUAUUUUCUACGUAUGGUCCGGUCCUCGACGUGGUGGUUAUGAGAACGGCAAAGAUGCGAGGGCAAGGGCAUGUUGUGUUUAGGGACGUGCAAGCUAGCACCCAAGCUAUGCGAGCUCUCCAAGGCUUUGAUUUUUGCGGUAAAGAACUGGCAAUCGCGUAUGCUAAGGGAAGCUCUGAUGUGAUCAACAAGCUUCGCGGCACUUACGUCGCACCCACCACGGGCGCAAAUGCUCCAGGAGCAGUCUCAACGGAUUUGCAAAAAUCAAUAUUCAGCGCUCCUCCGUCAGCUGCCACUGCAGGUAUAAAGCGCCCCCGUGAAGAAGAGAGUGACGAGGGCGAGGCGCCUAUGGAUGAGGAUGACAGUGAUGUGCCAAUGGAGGCCUCAUCGGACGAGGAUUAA